AUGCGUGCAAGUUCGACUGCUAUUCAACCAAAAGCAACACGGUCAACGAAUGGUAUCACUGUUGCUGGAGGAAAUGAAUAUGAAAGUGGAAUCAAUCAACUUUAUCACCCAUGGGGUUUAUACGUCGACGAGGAUCUAACAAUUUAUGUCGCUGAUCAGGAUAAUCAUCGUAUCCUCGAAUGGAAAUCUGGUGCAACGAAUGGCACAGUCGUUGCUGGUGGAAAUGGAGCAGGGAAUGAAACUAAUCAAUUAAAUCAGCCAGUAGAUGUGAUUAUCGACAAAGAAACCGAUAGUCUCAUCAUCUCCGAUUACAAGAACAAAAGAGUAGUUCGUUGGCCUCGUCGAAAUGGUACUCGUGGUGAAACUAUUAUUUCAAAUAUCUCUUGCUUCGGUUUAACAAUGGACGACAAUGGCUAUCUCUAUGUCGUUGUCAAUGAAAAACAUGAAGUAAGACGAUAUAAAAAGGGUGAUCCUCAAGGAACACUGGUUGCAGGUGGUAAUGGACAAGGAAAUGGUCUCAAUCAACUCUGUAGUCCCCACUACAUCUUCAUCGAUCGAGAACAUUCAGUUUAUGUGUCUGAAUAUGGAAAUCAUCGUGUCACAAAAUGGGAACAAGGUGCAAAACAAGGCGUUGUUGUAGCUGGUGUUCAAGGACAAGGAAAUAGUCUUACACAAUUGAAUUUCCCUGAGGGAAUUGUUGUCGAUCAAUUGGGUACUGUCUAUGUGGUUGAUUCUUGGAAUCAUCGAACUAUGCGUUGGCCGAAAGGUGCCACACAAGGAACUGUCAUUAUUGGUGGAAACGGUCGUGGAUCACAGUCAAAUCAACUCAGUUAUCCCGUAGGUUUAUCAUUCGAUCGACAUGGUAAUCUCUAUGUCGUCGAGUACGAAACUCAUCGGGUACAAAAAUUUGAAAUCAAAUGAACUCUAUUCGUAUGAUUAAUUUUUUCUAUUCCGUUCUUUUUCUUUUCUGCUUUCGAAUAAAUUUUGAUUAAAUUCAAAAAUUGUACUCAAAUUUUAUUUCUAUUCUCGCGCGAUCAGGAACGACCCUGGUGGAGCCAUGGGGAGCGCGUAAUGCGAGUGUGGGUGGAUGUGGGUGUGGAGUGUGGGUGUGGAUCUGGGUGUGGAUGGGGUGUGGGUGUGGGUGUGGGCGUGGGGUGUGGGUGGGUGUGGGUGUCGGCAAGCAUCUACAGCCACAGCCACACCCCACACCCACACCCCAAGCAGACAAGAUUUUUGAAAAACGCGUUUAAACGCACAAACGGGAACCGCGAUUGUAAGCCAUUAACGCUCAUUUAAAAAAAACGCACGAAAACGCGUUUAUUGGCAUUUUUUGUAACUUUUUGGGCGUCAAAACGGCGAAAAUUUCGGUUUUUGAACGUUAAAACGCCUUGUUUUUAAAUUCUAGAAUAAUAGCGCGUUUUAACGCUCAAAAACUGAAGUUUUCGCCGUUUUGACGCCCAAAAAGUUACAAAAAACGCCAAUAAACGCAUUUUCGUGCGAUUUUUUAAUGAGUGUUAACGGCUUACAAUCGUGGUUCCCGUUUGUGCGUUUAAACGCGUUUUUCAAAAAUUUUGUCUGCUUGGGACCCACCCACACCCUGUAAGCUUUCAUUUCGAGGUUUCGUGGCUUCUCCCCGCCCCCUCAUUACAAACACUUAGCAACCACACAAAAAACUUUAUACUCUAUAUAAUACAUCUCGGAUUUCAUGAAUACUAAAAAAAACUACUU